UUGCUUUUGUAACAGGGCGAAAGAAAAAGUUACCACAUGACAAUAGGCAAAGAUUAACACGUGAUGGAACAAAAUAAAAGCAAAGCAACCAGGAACUCACCGACUUUCACAUCCUCUACAAGUGAAGAGAAGUGCAGCUUAACAUGAGCGCACAGGCAAAGAUGUUCGGGAGCUUGCUGUUUGCAGUGUUUUGUGGUGCAGCACUGGCCCAUUUUAACUCCAAUCUAGACCAGCACUGGGAGAUGUGGAAGAAGACUCAUGGCAAGUUUUACUCCAGUGAGGUUGAGGAACUGGGCAGGAGGGAGUUGUGGGAGAGAAACAUUCAACUUAUCACACUCCACAACCUGGAGGCCUCCAUGGGCAUGCAUACCUAUGAUUUGGGCAUGAAUCAAAUGGGUGACAUGACAACAGAGGAGAUCCUGCGAACAUUUGCCGUGACCCGUAUCCCACCUGGCCUUAAGAGGCAAACGGCGAACAUCGUGGGCUCUUCUGGGGAUCCUCUCCCUGACUCUCUGGACUGGAGAGAGAAGGGCUAUGUUACCAGUGUGAAGAUGCAGGGUGCUUGUGGUUCCUGUUGGGCAUUUAGUUCUGUUGGGGCUCUUGAAGGACUGCUAAAAAAGACCACAGGAAAGCUGGUGGACCUCAGUCCUCAAAAUCUGGUGGACUGUUCCUCCAAAUAUGGCAACAAGGGCUGCAAUGGUGGAUUUAUGAGCUCUGCCUUCCAGUAUGUCAUUGAUAAUGGUGGAAUAGACCCAGAGUCAUCUUACCCUUACGAAGGAGUGCAAGGGCAGUGCAGAUACAAUCCAACCCAGCAUGCAGCAAACUGCACCAAGUACUAUUUUGUCCGUCAGGGAGAUGAGGAGGCCCUAAAGCAGGCUCUGUUUAACGUCGGACCCAUUUCAGUAGCUAUUGACGCCACCCGCCCUCAGUUUAUCAUGUACCGCAGUGGAGUUUACAAUGACCCAACCUGCACCAAAAAUGUGAACCAUGCAGUGCUAACUGUGGGAUACGGUACAAUGGAUGGACAGGACUAUUGGCUGGUCAAAAACAGCUGGGGCACCUACUUUGGAGAUGGUGGCUAUAUCCGUAUAGCCCGAAAUCACAACAACAUGUGUGGAAUUGCUUCGUAUGCCUGCUAUCCGGAUUUGUAACUGAAACCCUGUUGAAACAGACCGUUGAACUUGUCAAAAGAAAAUGUAUUUGUAUAAUCAAAUUUCUAGGAUGUGCUUGUUUGUUCUAAAUGUAAAUGAUUUUUAAAUUUUUUGUUUUUUUUAAAUAUCUUACAAAAUAAAUAUUCUAUUUUAGAACCGUU